UUCCCAUUCGGAAUUUUACAGCUAGAAGCAUCAACAAACCAGGAAUUGAAUCAGCAAAUUCCUAUGUUUAAUCUUCCUUCAAAUAUCCUUUGCCGUGUUAUACACAUUGAGUUGCUGGCUGAACAAGAAACAGAUGAAGUUUAUGCGCAAAUUACCUUACAACCUGAAGCAGAUCAAAGUGAGCCCAGGAGUACUGUUCCAAGCACUCCUGAACCUUUGCGACAUACCGUUCACUCUUUCUGCAAGAUUUUAACUGUGUCUGAUACAAGUACUCAGGGCGGCUUCUCUGUUCUUCGAAAAUAUGCUAACGAAUGCCUUCCUCCAUUGGACAUGAACCAGCCAACACCAACCCAGCAAUUGACUUCAAAGGUUCUUCAUGGUUACAAGUGGCGAUUUAAGCAUAUCUUCAGAGAAACAUUGUCAAACAAAUCAAAGCUAAAUUUUCCAUUCCAAAUAGUAUUAGACACGGUGGUAUGCGGACAUGUAAAUGACUGA